CUAUGUCAGAAUCUCUGCCUCUAUCACAUAACGACCAUCCUUUACACGCAAAGCUUUUGUUCUUCUAAUACAAGAAAAGAGACAAGUUUCACAUAAAUAGCAGAGAAAGGAGGAGAGAAAGCAAGAAGGAGAAGGGAAAGAGACCAAAAAAUGCCAGGAGAUAGGAGUAUUGGUGUGGCCAUGGACUUCUCUUCAAGCAGCAAGAGUGCCCUCAAAUGGGCUAUUGACAACUUGGCUGAUAAGGGUGAUACCCUUUACAUCAUCCAUAUCAAUCCCAAUUCACCCGAUGAGUCUCGCAGCACUCUCUGGGCCAAAUCUGGUUCUCCCCUGAUUCCUUUGUCCGAAUUCAGAGAGCCAGAGAUCAUGAAAAAGUACGAUGUCAAGACAGACAUCGAAGUUCUUGAUGUUCUCGAUACUGCUUCGAGACAAAAAGAGAUUAAAGUUAUUACAAAAGUGUAUUGGGGAGGUGAUGCCAGAGAGAAGCUGCUGGAUGCAAUUGAAGAUCUGAAGCUGGACUCUCUAGUUAUGGGAAGCAGAGGACUUGGCACUGUUCAAAGGAUAUUGUUGGGGAGUGUGAGCAGUUUUGUGAUGACACAUGCCUUAUGCCCUGUCACUAUUGUCAAGGAACCAAAGCACUGAUCACUGGUUUGAGUUUAAUUUAAAAAACCCAUAUGGGUAGUGCUUGAAUCUGUUGUUUCUAUUGAGUCCAUCUUUUUUUUUAAUGUUUGGAGAAUGAUCUUCAGUUUUAUGUAUCUGAUCAUCUGAUCCCUGAGUUUGAACAACAAUAUUGUAGUAUUUUGUUUGACAUACUUGAUCUCUGGAAUAAAUU